UUGCCAGCGUUGUCUUGGAGUUUUUUGCGGACCGGAAAUGGCCACGGCAGGGGGAAGGUCUAGUUAACCUAGUGACUUUCAGUGUUUGUGGUUUAAACCUGAGCGUCUCAGUCCACCGUCCUGCACUCCUGACGCCUGGGGGUCAGUACCGACGUUGAAGUCCCCGCACCCGCGCCCCCUACAGCGGGAAGCUGAUAAAUGGGCCUGUGCCCAUGACCUUGAAGGCACAUUCUCAAGAUGUAGAUGUGAUUCCUCCCCAGAAAGUCUCCUGAGGAAACAACCCAGAGCUGGAGGAGGACGAGGACGAAAUGGCUGCUUCUCAGGAAUGCUGUUGGAGGGUUUUGGAACAUCUAGUCAAACAACAUCAUGGGGCAGAGUCAAAGGACCCAUGGACAGUAAUGCAGAAGAAGGGGGCGACAACAAGCCCGACCCAAACUUGGGCUCGGCUAGAACCCAGCAGGAUUCUGAUAGCUUUACUGAUCAUUUUGUCUUGGCAAGUAAGUAUAACCCGAGGGGACACCUAUUGGACAUACUAUCCUAAUCUACCAACAGUCAUUCCUGCAACCUGGGAUGAGAUUAUAUUUAAGGUUUGGGUCAAUACCUCAUACCCUUUAGAAGGAGAAGUAAAAAAUGUACAGCCUCAACGGGUUGCUUUUAAUUAUACUGGUUUGACCCAUAAACCUCCACUUUGGGCCUCCCAUAUGCCAGUACAAGGAUGCCUCAAAUUAGGCAAGGUAGUAAAAACAGAUGGUAGGUUUAAUGCCACUACUGCUGGAGUAAUGGCGUACUUCAAGUACCACAAUGUCCUAUCCUUUGUGGGACCACAUUGGGGUCGAGUCAGUAACUACAGUAAACCCCCGCCACUUCCAUCUUGCUAUGACACUACCAUAGAUACCAACAAAAACAUACAAUGGAAUGAUUGUCGGCAGGCUAUAGCAACAAGACAUCAAUUAUAUAAUACUCCGUUUUACAUCUAUGAUUGGUCUGUCAGAUAUUCAGAAAAAGAUAAAAGGGUUCCAUUCCCAGGAGUAUUUACUGCUCCUGUGCUUAUCACAGGUUCUCAUACCUUACAGAAGGAAAUUUGGAGGUUGUGGGCAGCUUCAGAUUAUGUAAAUCAUUCUAGUUUUGAUCUCCCCUAUAACCAAAACAAUACACAACCAUAUGCCAUCACAGCCUGUGUGCAGGCCCCAGAGGUCUUGUUGGUUGGGGACUUUCAAAUCAGGCUAGUUCAGUCUCUAUAAUAUUUCUUGUCAAAAUUGCUAUCUCACCAACUGUGUUGAUCCACAAGACGUAGGGCGAGGUACUCGAGUCUUUCGCCAACCUACAUAUAUUGCAAUUCCCACGACUAUUAAGGGAUCUUGGUAUGAUGACCCAAAAUUACAAGCCCUCAACAUAAACAAGGACCUGAGUCAGGAACAAUGGUCUACAAAAAUCAUUAUAACAGGCAUUGCGACAUUUGUUUCCCUCCUAGCUACUGCAGUCACAGCCGCUGCUUCCCUAUCCAAUUCUAUUCAGACAGCAGAUUAUGUCGAACAGCUUGCUCAUAAUACUACUGUUGUUUUGUCAAGUUUAAAAGACAUAGAUGUAAAACUUGAAUUAAAAAUGCUAUAAAAACAACUGUUGUAGACAUAGACAACAAGGUUGAGGCCAUGCGCCUCCAGCUUGCCCUCCGAUGUCAUGCUAAGUAUCAAAAGGUGCGUGUGACCCAUUAUCAGUUCAGUAAUACACACUGGAAUUCAAGAAAUAUAAGCCAUCACCUUCAAGGUAUUUGGAACAACACUGACUUUGGCCUUGAUCUUGACCACCUUCAAAAAACAAUUAUUGCUAUGCAGGACAAUGAGCUAGAGUCUGUUAAUCCACCAGAUAUAAAAAUUAUCACCACUAAAAAUUUUGCAUCAGUCAUCAUUGUCCAGAUUAUUGCAUGGACCUUCAUAGGGAUCAUGGUUUUCUUGCUUCCAAUAUUGUCCUUAAUAAAAGCUCACUUUAGAGCCCAGGAAAUGGAAGCCCAUUACAUGACUAUACAGGGAAGUGACAGGGAGACUGUUCACUUCCGUGCCCCGCGUCAGGGAAAUGAUCGGGAGGAGGUAGGCCCUCCUCCACUGCCACGUCUUCCACGACAACCCACACGCUUAGCAGCCUGGUAAUCCCUGCCAUUAAGUCUCUUCUUUUAUGCUAACUACACCCUACCCCCCAGGCCUAACAUGGUUACUUUCCUUCAGCUUAUUUCUCAACAUUGAUAAAGGGGGUGUGCUGGGGUUGAGCACAGAGGUACUGGAAGUAGGAUUAGAACUGUGUUUCCGGUGGUCUUGUGCUCAGUGUCAGUUCUCACGCACCAUGGACCAUCCCAUCUCUAGUUAUCACUCUGUUACUCACCUUCAAGCUAAUAUUUCACCUCUAUAUCUUGUUCCAUAAUGCCUUUUAAGCUAUCCCUCAUAACCCUACGUGGGUAGAGGUUUUGUUUGUGUUUGCAAAAACAGCAGUCCGACAUGAGAGCCAAGAGGACCUGACAGACGGUAUCAAGGAGACCACCUAUCAGUUUAAACGCCUGCGACUGACCAAACAAAAAAUCCAUCGUGCCAGGCAGACAAGAGGCUGAUCCCCCCACCUGGGGUCAGAUAAAAACGCUAGCAAUGAAGGUUAUGGAGAUGUGCCCAAACCAGCCACAGACCUCUCUCACUAUAUGUUUCUGGCCAUGUUAGCCGUUGUCCAUUGCCAGUCAACUAAAGACUCUCCCUAGUAUUUACAGAUACAUAUCAACUGCGGGGGGCUAAGAGACGCAUCCGAAGUGAAGGAGAGGUUGAUGCAACGGCACCCUCUCUGGUUACAUCCUUGGUAGAUGUCAGUGGCGCGCCCCACAGAGGAAGGCAGUCUCCAUCACCUGUAGAUAAUAAUCUCUUUGGACUAUUCUACCAAAUUUAAGGUUCUUUAAAAUAAAAAAGAAGGAGAUGUUGGGAGCCGUCUCAGAGUAGUGAGACUCUAGGCUGACUGCAGGUGGAGAAUGGCAGGUGGCUACAGACCCCCAUGUUCUGUGUGCUGAGAGAAGGCUGCAAAACUGCAUGUUGGGUGAACAGCAAAAGGGGAACUGCCGUAAAAAGCCAGUAACCCAGCAAUGCCCAGUUCAUCUCCUGUGCCACGAAAAAGCAGAAGUUCCUGAACUGAAACCACCAGACCUCAGAUGUCACUGUCUAAUUAUGGACUUACGAAUUUUUGGGAUUUUCCACCAUGCACUUGCUGACAAUUGCUAUUUGCCUCAGUUUUACCUUACUUAAAAUAUAUCAUUAGUCUAUGCUAUGUAAUCAUGUAACUUGUUG